UAAAUAUGUUAAUCGUGUGGAUAAGGACUUUUCAGAUAAAGGAAAUGGUUGGAAUUUGAAAACACCUAUAGCAUUAAGUCAUCGGUUUCAUAACGAAAAUGCAUCUUCUCUUGAGGAGCUAAACCUUACCCUGAGCAUUGGAGGGAGCAAUAGGAUUAAGGAUGGUCGCAAGAGAACUUGGUAUGAAAAACUUAUUCAUUCCUCACCCCAUCAUGUUAUUGACUUGGAGGAAUCAACCGAUGUGUUAUCAAAUGAAGAUGCCAAAUCUGUAUCUAGUUUUAGUCAUGCUGCUCUGAUCACUGGAGAUAAGCAUGACUCUCGAAUUUCUGUCCAGUCUAAUCAAGUCUCCACAGAUAGUGUGAAAAAAGAUUUAUCUCAUGGGGUUACAGUGAAUUGUUCUCUCAUAGAUGGCAAUGAAAGCUAUGAGGAACAAAACUCCUUCAAUCAAGGAUUUGGUGAUAUCAAAUGUAAUGACAUGUUCACUAAAGGGAAAUCGGCUGCUCCUUAUGAAACUUUGGAUCUUAACAAAAUUCAUGUUGAUGAGUCAGCUAUUGAACCUUGCCCUAUAGAUCUUGAGCCUGUGUCGGGGCCGCUAUCAGAAAUUUGUGAAGACUUUGGCAGUGACCAUAGGAACUCUGGAAAUGGAAAUAUAGACUUGCUGUUAAAAUUUCCAAAGGGAAAUUAUACAGACUUAACUACUGCAGAAGUAAAUGAGGAUUGUGAAGAAGAGUUGGUGUUUUCUCAUCCACGUAGAAAUGGAAAUACAGUUGAAGAUGGAAAUAGCAACAAAUCUUCUACCUCAUGCGAGUCUGAUUGCAUUGUUGAUGAUAGUUCAAGUGGUGCAAAGACCAUGCAAUCUGGAACUGAUUUGGGAGGAUCAAAUAUUUCGACUUUGAAUCAUUUUUCUGAAUCCCAGUCAUCCCAAGUUGCAGAAACUCAAUCAGGCGAGCAGGACUUGAGAUCUUCUGACAACAGUGAACUGAAACAUCAAUGCUGCAACAAGAAAGAGGAAUCAGCAGGAGAGGAUGUUCUGAUUCAAAAUGCAGCCGAAGUGCUUAUCUGUUUUUCCUUUGGAAGUUCAAUGAGAAAUCAAGAUUGUGGUACCAAAGAAGGAUCAAGAUCAAAUGAGAUUGAAAACGAGGGGAGGGAUCGGCCUCAAUAUUCUUUAGAUUCUUAUGAGUCGAUUGUGUUGAAGUUACCAGAAAGCAGUGUGGAUGACUAUUGUGUGUCGUCAAAACCAUUUGAAGUUGACGAACUUGAUAACAAGGAUUGUCGAAGUAAGUUGAGAAGGGGGAGGAGACUCAAAGAUUUUCAGAGAGAUGUACUGCCCGGUCUGGCAUCUCUUUCUGAACAUGAGAUCUGCGAGGAUAUAAAUAUUAUGGAAACAGUAAUUAGGUCAAGAGAAUACAAAAGAAUGAGGUCGAAGAUGGCUGGCGGAGGGAAAUGGUUUGCACCUGUCAGAAGCAGGAGGUCGAGACUCAAUUACGUUGGGCUACGAUAUUAUUCAUGACAAUUUGUUGUGAGUAAGCAGUUGCAUUAUAUUUGAAUUUCAUUGUAGAUUAGCAUACAAUAUUGAAAAUAAAUUUAAACUAAUUGGGUUUCUAGUUAUCAUUGAAUUGUAGGUUGAUCCAUUUCUUCAUCUUCAAUGAGGACAAACUUACAUAUAUAUAUGUAAAGAGAAACUGUGAUACUUAUCAGAGAGAGAUGGUUAGCCUAGCUUAUAAAUGUAAUUUGUCGAGAGAGGAUGACUCCAAAUGCUGACAGUAUUAUCUAUUUUGUUGGAGCUGUAUAGAUUAGACAAAAUGCCUAAAAUAUUCUAAAUGCUAAUCCUAUUGAAUAUGCUCCUA